AUGAGGCUCUUGCGGAGACGCUACAGCCCCUUGAAGGUGGCUUUGGCAGGCGCUGUCUUCGUCAUCUUCCUCUUCAUCCUGCAGAAAGACGUGGGGAGCAAAGACCCGAGCGAGGAGCCCUGGUUGAAGAACAUUGUCCAGGGGAAGGACCAAGUCUUGGACCUGAUGCUGGGGGCGGUCAACAACAUCCGAGACUCGAUGCCGAAGCUGCAGAUCGGAGCUCCGGUUCGGCAGGAGGAACUGGCACCCAGCGCUCGCUCCUGCCUGCCCGGCGUCUACACGGCAGCGGAGCUUCGGCCGCUGAUGGAGAGACCCCCCCAAGACCCCGCCAGCCCCGGAGCCGAUGGCAAAGCCUUCAAGAAGGAUCGAUGGACGCCGGAGGAGACGAAGGAGAAGGAGCGAGGUUACGAGAAGCAUUGCUUCAACGCCUUUGCCAGCGACCGCAUCUCCCUCCAGCGAGCGCUGGGACCCGACAGCCGCCCACCGGACAAUGGGCAAAAGCCAGCGGCGGCUCUUUGUGUCUCCACGUACCUGCUCGUGAUCAUCUUGGUGGACGAUGCCAGCACGGAUGACUACCUGAAGGAUGAGCUGGAUCGCUACGUGGAGCAGCUCCAGAUCGUGCGAGUCGUGCGGCAGGAGGAGAGGAAAGGGCUGAUAACAGCGCGGCUGCUGGGGGCCAGCGUGGCCAGCGGGGAGGUCCUGACCUUCCUGGAUGCCCACUGUGAGUGUUUUCACGGCUGGCUGGAGCCCCUCUUAUCCCGCAUCGCCCAAGAGCCCACGGCUGUCGUAAGCCCUGACAUCGCCACCAUCGAUCUCAACACCUUUGAGUUCUCCAAGCCUGUCCAGAACGGCAAACAGCACAGCCGGGGCAACUUCGACUGGAGCCUGACUUUCGGCUGGGAGAUCAUCCCGCCCCGGGAGAAGCAGCGGAGGAAGGAUGAGACCUUCCCCAUCAAGUCCCCGACCUUUGCUGGUGGCCUCUUUGCCAUCUCCAGGUCCUACUUUGAGCACAUCGGCUCCUACGAUGAUCAGAUGGAGAUCUGGGGGGGCGAGAACGUGGAAAUGUCCUUCAGGGUCUGGCAGUGUGGGGGUCAAGUCGAGAUCAUCCCUUGCUCCGUCGUGGGUCACGUCUUCCGCUCCAAGAGCCCCCACACCUUCCCCAAGGGCACCCAGGUCAUCUCCAGGAACCAGGUCCGCCUGGCCGAGGUCUGGAUGGACGACUACAAGGAGAUCUUCUACAGGAGGAACCAGCAAGCCGCCCAGAUGGCCAGAGAGAAGACGUAUGGUGACAUUACAGACCGGCGCAAGCUGAGGGAGCAGCUCCACUGCAAGAACUUCACCUGGUACCUCCAGACCAUCUACCCGGAGAUGUUUGUUCCCGACUUGACUCCAACUUUUUACGGAGCAGUAAGUACAGGGCGGGAGCUGCGGCACAACAUCGGGAAGGAGCUCUGCCUGCGGGCGGGCUCGGCCUCGGCUGAACUGGGCGACUGCCAGUACAGAGGGAAGCCCGGCCGGGGAUAA